UGAAAGAGGAGAAAGAAGCCGCUGUUGACAUCAAAAUCCCCCGCAGCUUUACCCUCGGAGCCCCCGCACAUUCCAACCAACGCCGUCACAAGCAGCAGGGACCCAAUCACCAUGAGCUGCCAUAGCAUCGACCUGCGGAGUCAAUCUUGGAAUGCCAGAAUAUCCGAGGCGAUAAGUCUCCCCUUGCCGGGAACAGGAAGUUGAGGGGUUGCCUGGCCUUCUUGACGCCGUGCGACCUAGCGCCUUCCAAUCCAGCUGUAACACCGACAGCUGAUUGCGAUCGAUUAUAUUAGAGCAACGCAUACUAUCUCAUUUCUAUCAUCAACAAAUAUUGUUAUUAUACUUUUGACCGUGACGGUUUUAUAUAUAAUGGGAGAAAAAUUGCGCGUGGACGAAUGUCCGGGCAAUAAAGACUAUACUAAUGCUGCGGUUGUCAUCGUUGGAGCUGGGAUAUCGGGAAUGUGCAUGGCGAUUGACCUCAUCAAGCGCAACAAAUGCCAUAAUUUUAUUAUCCUCGAGAAGAGCAGCGGUGUUGGUGGGACGUGGCAUGACAACAAGUAUCCCGGGUGCUGCUGUGAUGUGACGAGCAUCCUUUAUAGCUACUCGUUCGAACAGUCCACCAAGUGGUCACGGCAGUUUCCGGGCCAGGAAGAGCUCUUGGUAUAUCUCACCCAGGUUGCUGAAAAGUAUGGGUUGUACAAACAUAUCCGCUUCAACUCGGAGGUCAAAGAGGCCCGAUGGGAUGACAACGAGAUGAAGUGGAAGAUCAGUGUCGAAGUCUCGGGGGAUAAGGACCAUCAAUUCCUGAGCUCCUAUGUCAUGAGCUCGGAUUUCCUCACGUCUGCUGUCGGCCAGUUAAAUUUCCCACGAGAACCCGAAAUUCCUGGACUGAAAGACUUUCGCGGGAAGAUGAUGCAUUCCGCGCGCUGGGAUUGGACAUAUAACUUUGAAAACAAGCGGAUCGCCAUAAUUGGGAAUGGCGCGACAUCUGCACAGAUUGUCCCGGAGGUGGCCAAAGUGGCUUCACACCUUACCGUGUACCAGAGGACCCCCAACUGGGUUAUUCCUCGGCUUGACUCCGCUAUAUCGCCUCUCCAGCAAGCGAUGCUGGCGUACUUUCCUCCACUGCGCAUACGGAAUCGCUCACUUACCAUGGACUUCCGCGAAGAAUUCCACGACAUCAUCCGAGAUUCGCAAUCAGAUGCUGCACAGCUCCUUCACAAGAUUUGCCAUAAUCGCCUAAGAGAACAGCUGCCAAAUAAACCUGAGCUAUGGGAGAAGCUCACACCCAACUAUGCUCUAGGCUGCAAACGAUUGAUCUUGUCAGACGACUACUACCCAGCGCUUAAUCAAGAAAACGUGGACCUAGAGACUCGCCGUAUCUCACGCAUUACAGAGACUGGGAUUGAGUUGGAAGGUGAGAUUCUGCAAGAGCACGAUCUUAUUAUCCUGGCCACUGGAUUUAGGACCGUGGAGUUUAUGUGCCCAAUCCAGAUUCAUGGCUCCAAGGGCCGACCACUUACUGAUAUCUGGAAGGAUGGGGCCUCUGCCCAUCAGGGGGUGACUGUAGAGGACUUACCAAACUUUGGAAUGUUUUAUGGACCCAAUACGAAUCUCGGCCACAGCUCAAUUAUACUCAUGAUCGAGUCACAAUCACGAUACCUCAAUGCCCUGGUAGGAAAAGUGCUCCAGGCCCGUAAACAAGGAAAGACCUUGGUCAUAAAGCCAGAUGUCAAAGCCCUGCAAAAAUACAACCGAGAGCUCCAGGACGCGUUAGCACGAAGCAGUUUCGCAGAUUCGAACUGCAGCAGCUGGUACAAAACCGAGGAAGGCAAGAUCACCAAUAACUGGUCUGGAACCGUGGUCGAUUAUCAGCGCAAGUUAUCGCAGGUUCGCUGGGAGGACUAUGUUAUAGAAGGCACGGCAAAGGAUGCCGUCAAGCCUCGAGAAACAACACACGUCGGACGAGUGCGGGAAGAGACAUACAUCACCAACCGGUCCCUGGCGCUGACAGUGGCGAGCGUGCUCGUGGUUGUUGGCGGGGUUCUGGCCCGUGGUUCCAGUUUGUUGCGAGGUCGUUGAGCUUGCUUUAUCGGAUGUUAUUAAUAGUGUCGCCUGUGGCUAUCAAGGGUUUGAUUUCAACUGUGAUGGUGGAGCCUUAAGGCUGAGGGCGUACACUGACUAAGCCUAAAGAGGCAAGUACCGAGAUACGAAGUUAUGAACAGGAACACAGUCAUCCUUAGUUAGCUUAUUGUUAUUAGGGCACAAUGCUCCCAGACUUCAAUCAAUUAUUAUCUAUUGGAA